AUGUCGUCAAGCGAUGAAGCGGACCUGUUCUUCGACGCCCGAGAUGAGGAGAGCGAGACGUUAGGAGAGUGGCAGUGGCCUAAACGCACGUUUCAUGAAGACAGCCAAUCAUCACCCGCAGCCGGUGGAGAUCAGCAUGAGCAGCAGCAGCAGCAACAACAGCUCCCUUCUGCGUCGCGGUCGCGUCGAGCAGACACGGUAUCGGUGCGAAGACGAACUUCGCCUCCUCAGACUGACGUGCCGCCGACUCCUGCGAUCCCAGCCAAGUAUCUGAAAGACCGCAGGUUUGGACGGCCUGCGUCGGCGGGAUCGCAAGCGCGUGUUCCCCUGCACGCUGCAGCUGCAGGUAAUGUUGACGAGAGCAAUCCGCCUCCUGCAUUGGGCUCUGAACGACACCCGUCAACAUCACCAGCAGCAGGAGUAGCAGCAGGAGUAGCAGCAGAGAUAGGAACAGGAGCCUCGCUCUCAUUAGCACCACUACAGUUGAGCAGCAGCACCACGACCUCGACGACGACGACGACGCGAGCAAAGCGCAACAGCAACAGCAACAGCAACAGCGACAGCAACAGCAACAGCAACAGCAACAGCAGCAGCACCGCCAACAAUGCUCAUGCGAUACCCUCCGCGACGCCCAACCUGAAGCCCGCCGUCUGCAAUAGCACAUCUCACGCGAUCACGGAGAAACAGCGGGCUGCGUCGAUUCCCGCUACGCGCAUUGCCCAGGUGCACGUGCGUACCUUGUCGAAGCUGGAGACUCGCGCACCGUCGCGCGAGAGGCGCAAAAUAACGACCAUGUCGCGCAUUGGCAGGAGCAGGAACGGAGAUUUGUUUCUCCAAGUGGCCGCAGAGAACGACUCGGACGACAACGUGGUCUCAGACGACGAGCUUGGCCAGCGUCUAAGGUCCUCCAGUCGCGCAUCCUACUCAGGCAAGCGCAGGUCUCUGCCUGCCGAUAUCUUGGUAAACAACGCGAGCGACCGCCGUCCGAGCACCAGCGGCCACCUCUACUCGCGGCCCUCCUCGCGCCUGCACACCACCAGACCCUCGACCGACCUGCAACGCCACAUGGACCAGUACAAGAGUCCCACCAACUGCACCACCUUCGCCUUUGCCGACAACGCCUCCGUAUCUGCCCAGUCCAACUCGGGCCGCUCGCGUCGCUACUCCGUGCUUCCCGACCGGUCGCCAGCGUCGCCAUCGCGACUGCGCGAGCGUCUGCAGUCUCCAGAGCUACCCAGCUACGGCCGCCGCCGCCCCUCGUUCGGCACCACCGUUGCACCGAGCAGAACCAUGGAGUCCUUCGAAGAGGAGGCUCCAGUAGACGAGUCAGACCAGAAGCAGGCCGAUUCCACCUCCAACGAGUCCCAGCCUGCAGAGACAGUGUGGGACGAGCUGGACGACUUGAAAUCACGCAUCAAGAGUCUGGAGUCCAAUGGCCAAGCUCCUACCUCGAGCGCUGCAGCGUCUGGAGACUCUAGCGAGAGACCACGGACUGCCACCACAGCUCCUACCACCAUCGAUUCUUCGCCCAAAAACGUGCGGAAGCCCCAAUCAGAGAGCAAGAAAGCCACACCCACGCCGCCUGAGACGGCGUCGACUGCCAAAACGAUUUCUGACAUCCAUCCACCACUACACACUGCUUUAGAGAAGGCCAGACUAUUGCUGAACGCGAGCCUAAUGCGAACGCUGGACGCGACUGCGUCUGACGCUUUGCAGCUGGCUGCCAUCACUAGCAGUGCUGGGCCUCAAGGUACCAACUACUCUGCUGCCUCGAUCAUCAACGGCCUCACGGUGUCUGAUCGGCACGUCAGACGGAAGGUCGACAACAUGUGUCGCAACCUUACCGAACUAUGUCUGGCAUUGUGCGAAGGCAAACAUGAGGCGCCAUCCAUUCUGGCAUCCCCAGCCCCAAUUAUCGAAACUCCCAGCCAGAACUCCCCUCUGACUAGAUACUCUUCUGGCUCCAUGGCCCAGCGAAGCAGCAGUGUCGGCCGUCCAAUGAGCCGAUUAGAAGCCAGGAAAAGCAGCAUCCUCGGUGGUAAUUCGCUCGCAUACGCUGAGAACAUCAGCCCACGUGGUAGCGUGGGAGACAUCUCUUCCGGGGAUCAGGAACCAGUGCAGAAUCCUGCGUACUUGCAGCAGCCGCGUCGUAUCAGUAGAGCGCCAAGUAGUGUGUUCAGCAACCGUCACAGACAGGACGACGUCAGCGGUGACGAGGAUGCCAACAAUUUCCGACCACCUUCUCGCGCUAUGACGGACGUUGGGGCCAUGCGCAGCAAAUCCCGCGUCACGGAUGAAGACAGGUCACCAGCGACACAGAGAAGACCCAGUCUACGAGAGGCGCUCGCCAGCAAGACCAAUGCAGCGUCAUUUGAGCGAAAUCGCGAAUCCUCACGUAUAGCUUCAGCUGGUUCUGGAGGGCGCCGUCGCAGGUUCUUCGAUGUUGAAUCCACACCACCCGUCCCGGAGGAAGAAGCUGGCCCUUCAGAAUACCACACCCCUUCACAGCCAAGACGACGCAUUACUUCACUCGGUCACUACAACACCGAUCAGUACAGUUCUCGAAAAUCCGAAGCGCCUGGUAGAACAACAAGCUUGAACCAGAGACGCCAUGUCAUUGUCGAAUAG